GACAAUUUGUUUGGGUUCAUUCAAAUUCCAAGAUCCCAAACUUCAAUACACUAACCCUCCAAUCCCAAAUUAGACUGCAAACUUUCCCAAUUCCCCAAACCCUCCGCCAUGAGCCACCGCAAUCCGCCACCAGCACCGCCGCCUAAUAUCCGCCAUACCAGCACCGCCCAAAUCCUAAAGCAAACCACCUCCCUGUUCUACUCUAACCCUCUCAUCUUCAUCUUUCUUUCAUCUCUCCUCCUCACCUUCCAUUCUAACAUACAUACCCAUUAAUUUCAAACAAACAAAGCCCCCAUAGAAUUUUAGAGUAAUCAAUCCCAUGGCGGUCCGAGGCCUUCUCAUGCCUUUCCCCAAUACGGCGCCGUCGCAUCCCGCGGUGGCGAUUAUCCCCGCAGUCAUUUCGUGGUUCGGAAAAUUCUCCGGCGCCAGGCGGGCCCGCUUCUACUGCAGACACCACACCGCAGAAAUCGACAUGUCCGAGUACAGACGAGACAAAUUUGCCCAGAGAAUGGGGGCGGCUGGCCUUAAACCUCAUCACCGCAUUGCAAUAGCUGUUUCUGGUGGUCCUGAUAGUAUGGCGCUGUGUGUAUUGACUGCUGAUUGGAAAUCUGAUAACCUUGUUGAUUCUGCUACUUCUGUUACCACCAAAGGAAGAAGCAACCAUGUCGAUGGCCUUUUAGCCAUUGUUGUUGAUCAUGGAUUGCGUCCAGAAAGUGCAGAGGAAGCAGACCUUGUCCGCAAUCGAGUUUUAGAUAUGGGAAUAAAAUGUCAAGUUUCCCAUUGCGAAUGGUUGGACGGUAAACCUAGCCCCGGUCACUUGCAAGAAGCAGCUCGCAAUAAGAGGUAUGAAACUUUACAAAACAUAUGUAUCCAACAGCAGAUUAGCAUACUGUUGAUCGCACACCAUGCAGAUGACCAGGCGGAGUUGUUCAUUCUCAGAUUAUCGAGAAAUAGUGGUGUUCUUGGGCUUGCUGGCAUGUCAUUUGCUUCACAAAUGUUUACGCAAUUCCCUGAUUUUUGUGGACAAGAAUCAAGACCUCGUGGCAUUUUAAUAGUGAGACCACUUCUAGACUUCUCAAAGGAAGAUAUGUAUGAUAUAUGUCGAAGUGGUAAUCAACAAUGGGUUGAAGAUCCGACAAAUAAGAGUCCUGUAUAUGCUCGCAAUAGGAUCAGGAUGUCAUUAAGUAAUUUUUCAUCAUCUAUAUUCAAGACUGAGUUGGAAGCAACUAUAUCAGCGUGUCGAGGAACCCGAUUGCUUGUUGACAAAUUCUGUAAUCUGUUGCUGAAACAGGCUGUGACCAUCAUGCCUCAUGGCUAUGCAGUGAUCGAUUUGGAAAUUCUCCGUGCAAUGGAAGUCAAGGAUAUUUACCUCGCAAAGUUUGUUACUUCAGUAGUGCAGUUCAUCUCACAAAAACACAGACCAGUUAGAGGGAAGGCGGUGAAAUUGCUACAAAGCUACAUUCGUACUUUACCAUCCAAGACUAGUCUGACUGUAGUCUGUAGGUGGUUGUUAUCUAUGUCCAGCUCCUGGAUCCAAAGGAACUAAGGUCCUUGUAUGCUGCUCUGUCAAUUUGUCUUUCCCUGUGACUAUGAAGUUGUUUCAUCCGUUUUCUUACGGAGGGCAGAAUUGCUUUCCCACAAGCGAUUUAGAGCAGAUUGUAAAAGAAAGUGAAGCGUAUUUGGAUAGAUUCACUUCUGAUGCUCCAUUUUCAGACAUAGCUGCUGAGUCUGUUCUAAUCGAAGCCAAAAAGCUUGGCAUUCUUAGUCAUUCUACGUAUGAGAGUAUUGUUACCUUGCAGCAGGAAGAAAGUGAUGAUUUUAAGUCAAAAGCUGUCUCUAAAUUUGCGUCGAAAGAUGGUAUACCAUCUUCAAAUGAUGCAGUAGCAGCUGCUUUGAACAAUUUUGUUAUUAUGCCUGGCCAAGUAGGUUACUUCAUGGAUAGAUUUGUAGUAGAUUGGAAGACGCGGUGUGAUGGAGAAGGAGAUUGUUUUUUUAGCAGCAGUUGGAUGAUGAUAAACCAGGACUUGUCGAAGAGGUGCGCCACAUGGUGGAUGCUGAUUGGUUGUAUCUUUCGGACUUGUCGAAGAAGAACAAGGCAAAUGUGGGACCACCAGAAGAAAAUAAUCAUCAGGAUGAUGAUAAAUGCAGCAGCAGCAGCUAUUAUGGUAUAUUGUCGGCAAGUAGAGCUAUUGAAUGCUUAAAGUGUAUUCCAGUUGCUGCCAGAAGAAGUAUGCCUGUCCUGGUUAAUGCUCAAGGACUUGUAUUGAGUAUUCCGAGCAUCGGGUUCGCACAAUGCCCUCAUUUGAUGAAGGUGUCUGUUGUAUUCAGUCCUAGGAUACCUCUAGGUGGAGGUCAUACCUCAUUUUUGUAGUUCCGAGAUGAUAGAAACAAACACAAGGGUACGUACGUACGUACGGUAGAGGUUUUUAUACUGUACUAUUAUUAGAUAGUCGUAUAUGAAAUGGAUAGCACUAGUACCCUGUACCCAGUCAGAGGAAAAUACCAGACACAAGGUAGGUAGGGUAGAAAAUAACAUUGUUGUUUUUUUGUUCCUAUUUGUAAUUGAAUGAAUGUAAGCAAUUCGUCAAAAAAAUAUUUGAUUCUUGAUUUUUGUUUCUACUGCCCA